AGGUAAAAUAGUAAAGUUCUGUUCGUCCACACGGGCGUUAGGUGGCGUUGGAGGGUAGGCAUCAGGCGUCGAGGUGUUUUGCAGGAAGUUGCGCAGGACAACUACCUUGGUACAAUGGCGCCUCUAGAUUUGGAUAAAUAUGCGGAGAUUGCAAAACAGUGUAAAUAUCUCCCGGAAAAUGACCUCAAGAGGUUAUGUGACUACGUUUGUGAUCUUCUGCUGGAGGAGUCCAACGUUCAGCCUGUUUCUACUCCAGUAACAGUGUGCGGAGACAUACAUGGACAGUUUUAUGAUCUCUGUGAACUGUUUCGGACUGGCGGCCAAGUUCCAGACACAAAUUACAUCUUCAUGGGGGACUUUGUCGACCGGGGAUAUUACAGCCUGGAGACGUUCACCUACCUGCUGGUGCUAAAAGCUAAAUGGCCCGACCGCAUCACUCUUCUACGUGGAAACCACGAGAGCAGACAGAUCACACAAGUUUACGGUUUUUAUGAUGAGUGCCAGACCAAAUAUGGAAAUGCAAACGCCUGGCGUUAUUGCACCAAAGUGUUUGACAUGUUGACAGUUGCAGCACUGAUGGACGAGCAGAUCCUGUGCGUCCACGGAGGCCUCUCUCCAGACAUAAAGACCCUAGAUCAAAUUCGAACCAUCGAGAGGAACCAGGAGAUCCCUCACAAAGGAGCGUUUUGUGACCUGGUGUGGUCAGACCCUGAAGACGUGGAUACCUGGGCCAUCAGCCCCAGAGGAGCUGGCUGGCUCUUUGGUGCAAAGGUCACAAAUGAGUUCGUUCACAUCAACAACCUGAAGCUGAUCUGCAGGGCACAUCAACUUGUCCAUGAAGGCUACAAGUUCAUGUUUGACGAGAAGCUGGUCACAGUGUGGUCAGCUCCCAACUACUGCUACCGCUGCGGCAACAUCGCCUCCAUCAUGGUCUUCAAAGAUGCUAAUACGAGAGAGCCAAAGCUCUUCAGAGCGGUGCCUGACUCUGAAAGAGUCAUUCCUCCCCGAACAACGACCCCUUAUUUCCUGUAAGCUCAUCAGAAGUAAAAGAGCGCAGCCAUUUGCCCUUUGUUCAGGCUACAGAUACUGACUGAGACAGUGACAUCAGCACUUGUGAACCCGUAUAAAUCUUGUAUAAUACAUUUAAAGUAUUUGUUGGUGCCAAUUGUCAAUUGUUAUUCCUGCUCUGUGCAUUUAAUGCCAUUAUUCUGCAGCUUAAAUUCAUUAAAGCAACGUGACGUUUGCUAAGGAGCAUUGCCAUGCUGUUGUAUUAGAGGAAGGACUAAAACUGAACUGACCCUUGUAAAAUGUUCAUAUUUAUAAAGCACCAUUUUAUUUUACAAUACAAUAAGUCACUGCUGAGCAAAUUGCACAUACAGUGUUAUAUAGAAUGUUUUUGUUUUAUUUUGCUAAUGUAGGACGUCUGAAACCACCAUGCAAACACAAACAAUGCAUCUGUUAAGUUUUAGUGUUCUUAUGCGAUCUUUAAUAAAUCAACUUGAGAGUCGACAUGUUCAGAUCUACUCUUAUCCAGCUUGUUAGAGAUGUCAGUAUUGCUAAAUCUGUGGUACCUUCACAAUUCUCUGAAAUUUACAGAUGUGGAAUCAGCUUGUGUAAUUCUUUUCUGUCUGUGUGUGUGUCUUGCCAUGUUGUUUUUAAAUAAAGAAAUCCAAAAAUGUAAAGUUAAACAUCAAUACCUGGAUGAGGAGGCAAAAAUGACACCAUGCCCAGUCAGAAUAUAAGACAUUAGACUGAAGUGUGUACAUAGCAUCGGAAUAAAAAGUUUGCAUUUAUAGUAUUACAAUCAGAUCCUGUCAUUAGAUAGACUGUAUAAAUCAUUUAACAGCCAGGAUAGUUUAUGAUUGGAAUACCUUUAGUCCUGAUUAGUCCAUCAGUGACGCGUAUGUGCAAAGACCAAAGGAGCUUUUGAAAUGCAGGUCGUGAAAAGCCCUGAAAUUGUUUUGUUACAAUUGUUUGCUGUACAAUGUAAAAUUAAUUUGUGCAAGUCUUCCUGCUGUUUCUUUUAUUCAUUCAUUAGUCAAAGGAUUGUGUAGCAUAUGACAACAAUCUUUACUUUGUUGGUUAAAUCAACAUAAAAAAAAAUACAAGUUAUCAACUGAUCUGUUCAAUUCUAAAAGAUUUUUUUUUCUUGGUGUCUAAUCCAUUUUCUGCUGCUUGUCUAGGUCCAGGUUGAUUUCAUUUAAUAAAUUAUGCGAAGCACAGAG